AUGAAAUAUAGCACAGAAUCCGGGCGCAGUGGCCAAAAGAAGAAGUUUAAUUCAGAGAAGCCUUCUACAGAUGAUAAAAAAAGAAGAAAAGAAAACACAGAUGGGAUAAAGGAGAUUCAGGAAACUGCAAUUCCAAUAAAACCGGAAGACUUGCUUCCGCAGCGAGAUGUUCCUCUUGGAGACACGUCCUCCAGAGUGGCAAUACUAAAUGUAGACUGGGAGUCAAUUGGUGUGCAUGAAAUAUACAGAGUUAUAAAUGCAUUUGUCCCAAAAGGGCAAAUAAAGAAAGUUUCGCUGUACAAGACCAAGCUUGGAAGCAGGGAGAUGGCAGUUGAAGGGCACGAUGAGCUGGCAAUUAUGAAUCUUAAAAUAAAUGACGAGACACAGGAAAUGGAAAUAAGAGAGUACAUAAAAAAGAAAAUGAAGUAUUUCUAUGCAGUGGUAGAGGUAGAAAACGAAGAGAUAGGAAAAGAGCUCUACACUUCCAUUGAUGGGCAGGAGAUAGAGAACACGCAUAACUACAUUGAUGCUCGGUUUAUUCCCAGUGGAUUUGUCAUUGACGAUGAGCUGGUUGAGGAAAUCACACAGUCAACAGAGAAAAUUGCCAGAAUCCCAAUGAACCCGCUCUACAGUACAAAGCCGCAGCUAAGAUGGGAUGAGGACCCAGUGCGGGACAGAUACCUAAAGGAUCUGUUUGUCAACGAAAUUGACCUUGAUGUAGCAGACAAUCUCAUAGAUGCGUCAGAUGAUGAGGAAAAGCAGAAAUACUACAAGAAGGCCAUGCAAAUGGAGAUUCCACAGCAAAAGAGCGAGGAUGAAGACCAGUUGGAGAGCAUAAAAGAGCCUGUGGAAAAGAGCAAGACUCAUAAUAAGUCUGUGGACGAUGAAGACAUUGCAAUGGAGUCAAGUGGCGAUGAGGAGAUGGAAGAGAGCAGUGAGGCAGUUCUGGUUGGCGACGACAAGCGGUUUGCAAAGGAAAACAACCCAGACUUUAAUAUUGAUAAAACACAUCCUGCAUACAUCUCCAAACAGAAGAAAAGAAAAGAGCAUAAAUAA